AUGCCUCCAGCUACGCCCCGUCGUCCGAAGACCCGUGAUGAUUUCGAGAUCGCCAUCAUAUGUGCCCUGACUCUUGAGGCUGACGCCGUGAUUGCCUCUUUUGACCACCACUGGGAUGAAGAUAACGGCCCUUCCUUUGGGAAAGCGCGGGGUGACCCAAACUCAUACUCAACGGGCGUCAUUGGAAGUCACAAUGUGGUGCUAGCGCACCUUCCAGGCAUGGGAAAGGUUGCAGCAGGAAACAUCGCUGCUUUCUGUCGCAUGAGUUUUCCCAACAUCAACCUCGCACUUGUCGUCGGGAUCUGUGGAGGCGCGCCUUUCUCUGAAAACGGUCCAAUUCUUCUGGGCGAUGUCAUUAUCAGCACUGGCGUCGUGCAGUAUGAUCUUGGCCGUCGGUUCCCAGACAAGUUCGAGAUGAAGGACACUUUAAGCGAGAGCUUAGGAAGACCAAACUUGGAGAUAAGAAGUCUCCUAGCCAAACUCACCACAGCACGUCAAAGGGAAAACUUGAGGAGGGCUAGUCGGGAUUUCAUCGGCCGUGUACCUGACACAUAUCCUGGACGUUCGAAUGAUAUAUUAUUCCCUGCAGGCUAUCGUCACAAGCAUCGAGAAUCACGAGAAUGCACCGUCUGCGCCUCUUGCCACAGAGAUCUUGACCCCGUAUGUUCACAGGCACUGAAAGCGAGCUGUGAAGAGCUUGGGUGCGACAUCAAACAAGCCGUACGUCAGAUUCCAGGUAACAAAGACAAAAGAGAGCCAAGUUUGAUGAUACACUUCGGAGCAUUCGCCUCUGGAGAUACCGUGAUGAAGUCGGGGAAAGACAGGGACCAACUCAUACUAGAGAAGAAUGUGAUAGGCUUCGAAAUGGAGAGCGUUGGAGUCUGGGAGGUCUUUCCUUGCAUCGUAAUCAAGAGUGUUUGCGACUAUGCCGAUAGCCAUAAGAACAAGGACUGGCAAGACUAUGGUGCUGUCUGUGCCGCAGCUUGUACCAAAGCAUUCCUUGGAUACUGGAAUUCUGGAAGACAAAGCAUUGAUGCCAGAGCUGAGGAGGACGAACUACGAGAGCGUAUUCUGAAAAGUCUUCACUUUCCCGAGAUGAACGAGAGGAAAUCUACUGUCGCUUUAGAGACCCCUUCCACCUUGGAGUGGAUCUUUGGUGGUUCUAACUCUCAAAGUUUUGACUCAUCUGACGAUGAACGGUCAGACAACAACUCGACAAGAGCAGCGGAUGGGUCAAUAGAUCAGGAUUUAGAUCACGAAGAACGCAGCGAUGAAGUUGGCGACUCUUACGAUCAUCCCGAUGAACGUUCUUAUUUUCCCAAAGCUCCGAAACUAGACACAAGUUCGCAUAAAGAUGAAGCUUUGGAACCUUCUUUCACUGAAGAUCACGGGGACAACUUCAAGACAUGGCUCAUAUCUGACCAACUGAUUUACUGGAUAAGCGGAAAACCAGGAUCUGGGAAAAGCACCCUAGUGAAGUUCCUUCUGUCCGACUCCAGAACGCUUGUGGGAUUGGAAAAAUGGCAUAAGGAUGUAAUCGUUCUAUCACACUUCUUUUGGAAACCGGGGAGUCCUAUGCAGCAAUCCUUCAAAGGACUUAUUUGCUCUAUCGCUUACCAGCUCUUAUCGCAAGAAACCAAUCUCCUUCGUUAUUUUAACGACACGACUACCACAUUCCGUAAAUCGUCACCGUCAGACUGGGAUCAAAGCCGGCUUUGCAAAUUGCUCUACACCUACCGGGAUCAACCUUCUCGGCCGGUGUGUAUCUUUAUUGAUGCCUUAGACGAAUCACGUCCGGGGCAAGAUACUCUGGAUACGCUGCGGUUUAUCAAAAGUAUGGUGUCUCCCAAGAUCAAGAUUUGCGUCUCGAGUCGUCCAGAGCCCUUGUUCACACGUCAUUUCUCGAUAUACCCAUAUCUUGAAAUGCAUGAGUUGACGAAGCUCGAUAUAUUCGAAUACUCCAAAACAACCUUGCGCGAUUCAACACUUCUAGAAUCUCAAACUCUACGGGUCUCAGAGUUGGCUUGGCAGGUUGCGGAGUCAGCUGAAGGCAUCUUCUUAUGGGCUGUACUCGUUACGCAAUCACUGAUUCGGGGCCUAAACAAUGGAGAUGCAGAGCAAGAGAUCGAACGGCGCCUGAAUGACAUGCCGAAGGAUCUUAUGAGUUUGUAUCGAGAUAUUUUGAGACGUUCAGCUGAAGAUCUACGGAUCUACAGAAAAUAUGUAUCCAUGGCUAUUAAUCUCAAGCAUAUAGCAUCUACGCGGAAGAAUCCAUUCUCUCUAUUGACGUCUUUCGAGUGCAUGAUGGUGAUGGAACCGGAUCUUCUAGAAAGCUAUGCUAUUCAGGGGGACCGAGUCUCAAGGAAACGGUUGGAGGAAAAGACAGAAGUGAUGAGGAACCAUCUGAACUCUGGUUGCCCUGGGAUUCUUGAGGUUACACUCUGGAAUGAUGCAAUCCAUUUCACUCAUAGAUCCGCCGAAGAAUUCAUCUUUGACACCAAAGAAGGCCGCCGCCUCUGGCAGCCGUGCGACACUCCCGAUGAAGAGCUUUUGUGCCGGAGUUUCAAAGCUAUACUGGCCAUAAACCGGUUUAUACCGAGGUGGGACUCCGAGGACUUUCUGGAAAUGCUAUACGAAUGGAACCAAUCGCAUGGAAUUUCUUCCAAGAUUCAGGACGUUUUCCUAAAACUUACGCUUAGAAGCUACGAAAAGGGCUUCAUAUUCCCCCCAACAAUGAACAAGUAUAGUGAACUUGACCCAGAAGAUUUGGUGGGACAGUUCUUUCUAAGCUCAUUCCGCUUUGGCCACCGUUUAUUUACGGUGAGGAACCUGGAAACCCUUGAACCCUACGUCGCACAUGACACGAUUUGUGGUAUUCUCAACACCCUAUGCGAUAUUAGCUUAACCUCAGGACGACUGGGACUCAUUGGUGCUCCUGAAUACAUCUUCGAGCGCGGCUACGGCCCAAACUGGGCCAUGCACACGACGAACACGAACCGGCCCAUCGGAAGCCUCUGGUUCAAAGUACUCAUAUCGACUCUCAAGUGGAUGAUGAGGUGGUGGCCCCACGUCCAAGACAAAUCAAGCCUGGGUCCUGCUGCCACGAGCAUCUUUCAAACUUUCCGUCAAGCGGGCGCUCGUAUAUCAGCGACCUUCCCAGUCUACUUUGAAACAGAGGCACCACAGGAUAGCAUUGGCUCAUUCUUUCGUCCAGCAGAUGCCCUAGCUCCAAGAUCGGGCCACCGUCUCCUUGGGCGAGCUAGGUUCAUGAUACUCGAGAUAGACGCGGUAACACUGAUGGAUUUUAUUAUGAGCUGGGCACACCAAGACCCCAUAAUUACGGAAUCACCUAACUAUCCUGGACCAGCGAUCUAUAUGAAAGUGCUUGCAUUUGGCACACCGACGAGCAGACAUCUUUACAUCGUUGAGUCUGAGUCGGUCUCGGCUCGGCUUGUAGAGGCUGCUAAAGCAGCAUUGAUAUUCCGUCAGCCUCGUUCUAUCAGCCCAGAGGAUUCGCUGAAGGAGAUCCUGGACAGGUGCGAUAGAGAUAUGGCAGAAUUGAGAUCGUAUUGCCGUCAAACAAAGAAAGACUAUUUCUGGAACCGGUUUCGAAUAUGGUCUCCACCAGUCUAG